UGUUUAGAUUAUCCAAUUGUGAUUUAAAUCGAUAAAAACUUACUAGCGUCUGUAAAAGUAAAUGAUAUUAUAUAGAGCUACUGUCAUCCUUGACGUUUUCACAUCGAUCUUACAUAUGUACUACAUAUAGAAAAGUAAAUCUACACAUGACAUAAUUUGACGUAUAUGUAUAUGUAUUAUAUACAUCGCGAAUCGCACCAGUCUCGAACGUGGAACAUAUACUUAAUGCACGAUUAAUGUUAUGUAGAUGAAUUUGUUACGCGGCAGGAAUGAACGAAUGUUCCUUUUUUUUACGUACUUCUUGAAACGAAAACGCCAACGAAAAUACGCUCGUUCGGUCAUUUAGAAAAAUAUAUGUACAGUUUGCUCGAAUAAAUGUAUGUAGUUACAGUUGAGAGAAAUGUCAUGUGGAAGCACUCGGUAUACACACUUUGAUUAGAUGCUUGAUACUGACCAUUAUCUUCAACGAAACUAAGCUUUUAAUUUAUCUGAGCAGAUUGGACAACGUAAGAAGGGGUGACCGAAGUUGUACAAGGCCUAAUUUCUUUGACAAUGCUGAAUGUGCAGCAUUGCAGAUGAUCUCUGAUGUAGUUAGUGCAAACAGAGAGCACUUUUGGAUAGGACACUUAAAUGUCACAAGGUGUCCUAGCAUAACAUUUUAUGCUUUGGCCAAGCAUUUUUAAAGAUGGCUAUGUAUCAAGUUGACUAUCAGUGGGCUUAUACCAUAAUGGAUUCAUCUAGAAUAUCCACUUUCCUAAUAUCCAUUUUAUUGAUAGUCUAUGGCAGUUUCCGAUCUCUAAACAUGGAACAGGAAGCUAGAGAAAGGGAAAAAGAAAAAGAAUGUAUUAAAAGAAAAGGAAUUCUGAGUACUAUUCUGAGCACAACAAAUGCCGAUGGUGCUAGUGGAAGAGUCCAAACAUUAAAUACAAUGCAUGCUCUCUGUCUACCUCUUGGUGCUUCCAUUUCUCUACUCGUCAUGUUUUUCUUUUUCGACAGCAUGCAAAUGCUUGUGGCAAUCUGUACAGCCAUUGUAGCUACAGUUGCAUUGGCAUUUCUUCUGUUGCCCAUGUGUCAAUAUAUCAUUAGACCAUGUUCAGAUGGUAAUAAAAUAUCGUUUGGCGUCUGUGGAAGGUUUACUGGUGCAGAAUUACUUUCAUUUUCAUUAAGUGUGAGUAUAGUAUGCAUCUGGGUAUUGACUGGGCAUUGGUUACUCAUGGACGCGAUGGGUAUGGGACUUUGUGUUGCAUUCAUUGCAUUCAUUCGGUUACCUAGUCUGAAGGUAUCCACUAUACUGUUAACUGGAUUACUUAUUUAUGACGUCUUCUGGGUUUUUUUUUCAUCCUACAUAUUCAGCACAAACGUAAUGGUUAAGGUAGCAACGCGAUCAGCAGAUAACCCAGUAAAUCUAAUGGCUAGAAAAUUGCACUUAAGCGGUGUAGCAAGAGAAGCGCCGAAGCUUCCUUUGCCUGGAAAAUUAGUGUUUCCGUCAAUGCACCAAGCAGGGCAUUUCUCGAUGCUAGGCCUCGGAGAUAUCGUUAUGCCUGGCUUGUUGCUUUGCUUCGUCUUACGGUACGACGCGUACAAAAAGACUCAAUUGUUGCCCGGUGGUUGUGAAACAGGAGUUCCACCCCCGCGUCAUUUCAACCGUAUUAGUUAUUUCCAUUGUUCCCUCAUCGGUUAUUUUCUUGGUUUACUAACCGCUACUGUAAGCUCUGAAGUGUUCAAAGCUGCGCAACCUGCCUUAUUGUACCUUGUGCCCUUCACUUUAUUGCCGUUACUGACGAUGGCAUAUUUGAAGGGCGAUCUACGUCGAAUGUGGAGCGAACCAUUCAUAUCUCAACAACCAUCUAAACAUAUGGAAGUUUGACAACAAGGUUGAGUAUGUUACACCUUAUGGGAGGAGCUACUUUGUAGAAUCAUCCCAUUGUCACUUAUCAUAACGUCCUUAUUUUUAUGAAUGUCAUUUAAUGUAAGUAACUUUUUUUUCUACACAUGAAUUUUUUAAGGCUACAAUGCAAAGUACGAUUUCACACACGAUGAACAACGCAAACGAUUUGCAAUGUAUCAUAUUGAUUUUAAUACAAUGUUGAAAAUACAACACGAGUAAUAAGGACAUCUAUUAAAUUGAGAAACAAAGUGAUUAUUAAAUUCCUAGUUUGAAAACAUAUUUAAAAGAUUGAUUGCUAUAUUUACAUCGUUGGUAUUCAUUUUGUGUCUUGAAUUCGAUGUUGAGAUUGAAAUUGCAUGGAUUAGAUAAAUAGGUACAAAAUACUGGUUACUCUUUUACGAUUUAAUAAACAUGUAAGAUCGUGUCCUCAGAUUCUCUUAUAAAAGUAAAUAUGUGUUUCUUUUUUACUUCUACAGCAAGUUUACUAUAUCUUUGCUGGUUCAACUCAUUUUUUUUAAUUUUUUUUAUACUGUACUAAUAACUAGCAUACAUACAGCUAUGAUAUAAAUGUAUGUGAUGUUGUAUACAGAGAGGUUUACUUUUAUUUAUUAUUUGAUCGAUUCUCGAUAUCAGACUAAUUAUAUGUGUAACAUGUAGUUAUGGAUAGAAUAACUCAAUAAUCAUUCGAAGUUUUCAUGGAAAUCUAGUGAACAUAUGUGUGUAGGUUGUGACUUUCUUUUAUUUUGAGCUAGCAAUUGAACAAAUCAUUCUCUGUGCAAAACGUGUACAUAAAUUUUUUAUUUUUAUGUAUUUAAAGAUAAACAAAAAUUUACAGUUGCUAUUAGGAUAAACAGCAAGCAUUUCAACUUGUCAAAUUCGUCUUGCUAACUUUGUGUAGCAUGGCUAUAGAUUGGACAGUUUUUAGGAAUGUUAUUCAAAUUUAUCGUUAAAAAA